CUUUGGGCAGCUUCAGUCUGUCCUUUUGCUUGCUGGGGGGACGCUAAACCUUCAGGUUUAAAUGGGCGUCUUGCUAACCUCGGACUUUACGGGCUGCUUGGCAGAAAUACGCCUUUUGGAGUCGAAAUGCAUUUAUUGCUCCGUCCUUCUGCAAAUAAAGGAGUCAAACACGCAAUGUGACUCUUAAUUCACGCUUUCAAACAGGAUGUCUUGCCAGGGCUAAAAUGCUUUUGGGAGGCCGUGGGGAGCUACAUUAAACAGUCGCAGCUUAGUGUUAAAGGUCCGCGUUCCCCUUUUAUUAAGUUGCGUCUCGGAGUGACUCCGGGCUUCCUGUCAUUCCGCGGCGUUCGGAUCGGACCUCGCUGUAAGCGCUUUCACUCCCGGAUUCAGUGUUUUUCCUGCGGCGGGACUUGGCGAUAAAAGCUGGAUGUGGGUGAUUGUUUUUCGGGCUUUGCAGUUUGUCUGCAGCGUUUUGCCAGCCGAUGGCCGAAGCUAGGGUGGAAGAGGAUGAGGAGGAGCUGAAGGAGCAGAGGGAAGCUGGCAUGACACACAACCAGCGGCGAUCAAACCCAGAUUCAGAUCGUUCUGGGAGACACAAGCCGGAUCAGCACCAACCCAGCCCUGGUCCGCUCUCAUCCCUGCGAGCUGUUAUCAAGAGAACAACCUCCACCAGGGCGAAUCCCCACAACGACACUCCAAGAGACAGGAGGCCGGAGAUCACCAUCCUGUCGGCAGAGCCCCUUGCCAGGAACUCCUGGUUCUUGGGGCCCCACGGGGGCUUUCUGGCAGCCCCUCCUCCAGCCCCGCCUGUCUGGGGUGCCAGUGUCCCUGCAGCUGGCCAGGCUCCACCGUCCUACGACCAGGUGAUUAAGGAGAAGACGCAGGAGCGGGUCCAGUCGCCUGACUCCCGCAGCCGCCACAGCACGUCCACCAUCGCCACACAGACCGAACUGCCAUCAGUGGCUGUCACUCCAGACCCAGAAUCCAAUGUGAUGUCAGUCAGUUCCCCUCCAAUCCAGCUGUCCAAGUUGAGAAGACCCCCCAGACCGCCAAGACCUUUGCUCCCAACCCAUCUGCUGCCCGAGCUGAGCAGAGCCACAGACAUCCCUGCCACUUCUCAAGGAGAGACAUCUGAUGAACAUUCUGACCCUGAUACCCACAGAGUAGAAGCUUUAGACUGCCUCCUUGAUUUCAGCUGCAAACCUUGCACAGACGCCACUGCAGUGGACACAGACAGUUCUGAGCUAUGCUUGAUCUCCUUGGACUCUCUCCUUGAUCCCAGCAGGCGUCGUCUUUCGGAUUCCUCGGCAGACUGCCCCGCUACGGAACAAGCCAGGUGUCCAGUGCCACGGCCUCGUUUGCGGCAGCCAGUCACCAAAGAGGUCAAAGUUCAGACUCUUGUCAGACUGAAAGACGAUGGGGAGAAUGCUCAGCUGAUCCUUAGAGGUGGGGAGGAUUCCACCAGUAAGUAUUUCCAAGAACUUUUAGAAAUCUUCGGUCCAGAAGAGCGGAGUUUCCCAAGCGGUUCCUGUGAGCAGGGAACAGAAAGUGAACUAGACAUGAGUGCCUUGCGUGCGAAGAUCCAGGCCUUCGAGAAGCAGAACGAUGGCGGCAGCGUCUUUACCGAGCCUCAGAAACCAGAGCCAAGGCCUCGCAUUCAGCAGCCCAGACCGCCAGCAGUGGCCCCUAAACCAUCUCUUGCUCCUAAGCCCCCCAGCCAGAAGUGCAGGGAUGACAGCUUGUCAGCAGGAUCGCCAGCUGGAUCAGACAGUGGGAAGGAGUCUCCUCCGAAUUCUGGGCCAAAGCCCCCAGUCCCUGGUGCGUCCUCCACGGACGUGAAGCUGCAGGACAUGCCGGUGUCUGAGAGGCGCCCAUCUCGCCCCCCUGUGGCCCCCAGGUCCAGGAGCUGCACAGCCCAAAGUAAAGCAGGCAAUACUGACGGCCAAGCAGCGUCCUCUCCGGACCUGAUAAACUUUGACCCCCCCUCCAGCAGCUCUCAGCCCCAGCCGCCCGGCCCUGACGACAAGCACGCUGGAAGUGCCCCUGUGAGGCAGGACGCGAGUCGGCCAGCCGUUCCCAGGAAGCCCUCAUUCAUCAGGAUUCCCGGCAGACCGUCGGAAGGCGAGUCCGCAGAGAGCCCCCCGCCUCUUCCAGCAGAGAGGCCAGUCAGUGGUCCCACCCACACCGUGUCCCAGAAGCCAAGUGCCGCCAGCAAAGCCCAGGCCGCACCUCGAGCACCAGACAUAGCAGAGUCCCCCGGCGGCCCCCUGACUGAGAAGUCCGCCCCCCCUCGUCCCGCUGGUGUGAAAGUGCCGCCACCUCGCCCCCCCACAGCCAAAAGUGUCCCCAUCAGGCCGCCGCCCCCCAAGCCCGGCCUCUGCCGCUCCAUCUCUGAGGGGGGACCCAAUCAGGCACGAGGCCAGGGCUCCCAGAGGAAGGGGCCCGCCCUGCCCCCCCGGCCCAGCUCCGGGCCCCUACUCCCAGGAAGGCAGGGGAAAGAUGAGGUUUUGAUACAUUUCGAGCCAGACAAUGCUGUCAGCGCUGAGUGCAGGUCGGCAGACAGCACAGCUAGGGAGCCACCCCCUGCCAUGAAGACUGUCGCCGCCCCUGUGGCUGCCAGCAGGCCAGGCGUGCAGGUUCCUGAUCCAGAACACGUUCAGAAAGCCAGACCUGGUCUGCAGGUGGAGGUGCUGCACGAUUUCUCGACAGCGGGUCCCGGGGAACUCGCCCUAAAGAUGGGUGAUGUGGUUUCGAACGUGGACAAGGUGGACGGCGACUGGUACCGUGGAACUUGUGGGGGUCUUUCUGGCAUUUUCCCUGUCAAUCAUGUUAGAGUGCUGUCAUGUCUCCCGGCUCCAUCCAGUGGAACUACUACAAAGCAAACUGUUGCAACAGUGAGUGGUCCGAGGUGUGUGGCACGCUUUGGCUUUGAAGGGAAGCACAGUGAUGAGCUGUCUCUGUGUGAGGGUGAUGUUAUCAAGCUGAUGGAGUUUGUGGACCAGCAAUGGGCCCGUGGAGACCUCAAUGGCCGCGUCGGCGUUUUCCCCCUCAACUUCGUGGAAAUUGUGGAAGACCUUCCGGGUGCAACGCUGCAGCCGGAUGGACAGACUAAGCCAGACACGAGUUCACUGCUCAGGAACAAGGACGUCGCUGACCCCAAUCAGGCGGGACCUGCUGGGACAGAGUGGGCCGUGGCCCUCUACAGCUUCACCGGCCAGACGGACGAAGACCUGCCCUUCCAGCAGGGCGAGCACAUCCUGAUCACGCGACACGUCGACGCAGACUGGUGCUGUGGGCGGCUCAACGACAAGGAAGGUCUGUUCCCCAAGGCAUUCGUCCAGAUCCGUACAGGUUAAGUGUGGGGAUGUACAAGUUUGAAUUCAUGGCCUGUUGAAGCGAAGGUUUUUAACCUCAAGCUGAGAUCUCAGCAGGCCAGAGGCGGAAUGACAGUAUUUCCUGAGGCGAGGUAACCUGAGGCCUUAAAGUGGGGGGUGGGGUUUCGUGCUGACCAAAAAUGUAGCUCUGGUUUCAGGAAAAACUGGAAGCCGUUAUAGAAUUUUUAAUGAAAUUGUUUUAAAUGGACUUUCGAUGUUUGUGUGAUUUCAUGCUGAUGUUCUAGGAUACUUGUAUUGACAGUGAAUGUUAACAUAGGUUUUACUCUCCCUGUUGCAAAGUUACACUUGCCCAUUUUCUAUGCUAUUUCAGCAUUACCAAAAUGUCUACAGUAUACUGCCACCUGGUGGAUUAACACAGUAAAAUCUUUAUCAAACCA